CGAAUUGCUGAAGGAGAAUUAUAGAUGUGUUAACAGGCGGCACGGCAUAUAAAGACGCAUGAAACUCGCAGACCGUAGCAGUCCAGAAGCGAUAACACAAAGCACCGGAUCAUCACGUUAGAAUGUCGCGCGCUAGUCUCGUGUUGCUCGUUGCUAUUGCAGUGCUUUUCAGCACGGUUACUUCGCAACGACAAUGCCCGCCAGGUCAAGAGUUUACCACUUGUGGAUCAGCAUGCCCACCGUCUUGCAACCAAAACCCUAACCAAGCUUGCACUCUGCAAUGCGUAGUCGGCUGUCAGUGCCGGCAAGGGCUGUUGUUACAUAGUUCGGGUAAUUGUGUUCAACCUCAGGAAUGCUGAAAACCAAUGGAGACACUUGUUUACUGAAAUGGUGCCCGAAGUCGAAUAUUUUGGAGCCAUUUUGGAGGAAAACUUUGAUGUACGAUAUCUAACUAUAAAUUAGUUGCAGUUUAUACGCUCUCAAUCAGUAAUUAAAUAGAUAAGAAGUUGAAAUUAUUAAAAUGAGAACGUCUCUUUGUUUUAUUAUUAAUGUUCUGCGAAAUAUUCACAUUUAACAUUUCUUUGUAAAACGACCAAAGUGAUUACAAAUAAAGACUAACAUAGAUAAAUCA